AUGACCUAUGGUCGAAUUCACUGGCACCAAUUUCGCACAUUUCGAAUGCUUACGGACGUCAAUCGGACUGUGAUCUCUUACCCCCAACACUCAAUCUCAGCUACGAGUUCGAACCGUGAUCAGACCGCAGUAGACGUGCUCAGUGAUAGCUUGCCAGGGCCGGCUAGACCGACAGAUUUCCGUCCGUCGCAGACAGACCCGCAGGCCGAAACUAUGGUGGACCAGAUCUUCCCGCCAAUUGAAGGACUAGCGCUAGCCGACCAGGAUAGACACGGAUCCUUUCACUCGAUAUCGCCUCCGGACGGACAAGAUAUCAUACCCGAGGAGACACCAGAACUCGGCAAUUCAAAGACCGGACGGAAGGUCUCCUGA